GGCUCUGGGGUGCACAUCGUUUGCCAACUACCACCUUUGCAAGUUUCAGAAGUGGACGAGAUCUUCAACCGAUAAUGUCUGGAAGAGGAAAAACCGGAAAGGCCCGCGCCAAGGCCAAGACCCGCAGCUCCCGUGCCGGUCUCCAGUUCCCUGUGGGCCGUGUCCACCGUCUCCUCCGCAAGGGUAACUACGCUGAGAGAGUGGGCGCCGGAGCUCCCGUGUACCUGGCCGCAGUGCUGGAGUACCUCACCGCUGAGAUCCUGGAGUUGGCCGGCAACGCCGCCAGAGACAACAAGAAGACCCGUAUCAUCCCCCGCCACCUGCAGCUGGCUGUCCGCAACGACGAGGAGCUGAACAAACUGCUCGGCGGCGUGACCAUCGCCCAGGGCGGCGUCCUGCCCAACAUCCAGGCCGUGCUGCUGCCCAAGAAGACCGGCCAGUCUGCACCGAGCUCCGGCAAGGCGGGAAAGAAGGCCUCCUCUCAGUCUCAGGAGUAUUAGCUUGCUGGCUAAUAACUUUUACCCCAAAGGCCCUUCUAAGGGCCACCCAACUCUCAUUGAAAGAGCAGCGUUUCCUGUUGUUGCUGUCUUGUUUCAUUUUUUGCAUUUUUAUUUAAUAAACGCUUGUUUUGUAAAA